UCCCAUGGCUUCUCAAUUAAACUUCUUCGACUUGAUAAUUUAGUAUUAAAAAAAUGAUAAUUAUAAUAAAGUCAAUAUCUUGCUUUACCUUUACCCUUCUCAUAUCACCCAAUCUCAUCUUCAUCUCCUCUAUUGCAUCUUUAAGUUGCCCUCUAACGCUCAUUCUUUGCUGGAAGUACCAACAAAACUUUCAUUUCCCAAUUACUAAGAUAUUAAAUUUUUUUGUUAUUUUUCCCUAAAAACCUUAUUAUAAGGUGGAGCAAAUAUAUUAAACCGCCAUCAUCUGUCUUUUCCAUCUUCACCUCUCUCACUAAAAAUGUCGACCCACAUUAUAAAUGGCCAAAAUUCUUCACUCACUUCCGACAAUAACGCCAACUCUUCUUCUACUUGUUACCCUUCUGCAACUGCCAACUACGAGGAUGUUGUUCAAAGUUCUGAUCUUUUUUGGGCCACUCUCAAGGCCUUUCACAAGUCGUUUGGUAUCAAAUUUAAGAUUCCUACUGUUGGAGGGAAGGAACUAGAUCUACAUCGCCUUUUUGUUGAGGUGACAUCUCGUGGUGGCCUUGAGAAGGUAAUCAGAGACCGCAUAUGGAAGGAGGUCAUUGUGGUCUUCAAUUUCCCAACAACUAUCACCAGCGCAUCAUUUGUCUUACGGAAGUAUUAUCUGUCAUUACUUUAUCAUUAUGAGCAGGCAUAUUACUUCCGCAAACAAGUCCCUUCAUCAUCAAUUCCGGAUGCCAUAAACGGGAGUCUUGACAAUGGAUCUGUACACCAAGAGGAAGGUGCAGUUGCGAACCAGUUAGGAGGGAGUCUGGAGUUGCAACCUGGCUGUUCGGUUACUGGUAUUAUUGAUGGAAAGUUUGAUACUGGAUAUCUUAUUACUGUGAACUUUGGUUCUGAAAAGCUUAAAGGUGUUCUAUAUCAUAUUCCUCAUAUGCUUCAUGCGUCUCAGAGUUCUAAUGCUUCAGUUAUACCUACCCACCGUCGCCGGAAGAGAUCUCGGUUGGCUUUACAAGAUCCAUCUCGACCCAAGUCAAAUCGUAGUGGUUAUAAUUUCUUCUUUGCUGAGCACUAUGCCCGCCUGAAGCCUCACUAUCAUGGACAGGAGAAAGCCAUCAGCAAGAAGAUAGGGAUCCUUUGGAGCAAUCUUACAGUGGCUGAAAAACAGGUUUAUCAGGAGAAAGGACAGAAGGACAAGGAACGAUACAAGACCGAGAUGUUGGAAUACAAGUCCUAUGAUUCAACCGUUCAAUAGGGUGUCAAAAUCUUUAGUCAUCUGGAAAUCUGUCUUUGAUUAGGGCUAGUUUUUGUUGCUGUUGUUGUUGUGUCAUUGUUAUUACUGGUACUGUAUUCCUAAUCUGUUUAGCCAUUUCCUUAAGAAAAGAAUAUGCCCCAUUUGCAAAUACUGAGGUAGUUUGAGAAUGAGAUGGGAGGCAAUUCUGUAACAUAUCAUGUGAUAUUUGGCUAUUAUUGUGCUCAUUACUAAUCUAGUUUCUCACCUUCAGUAAAAUUGUUUGUUGUACA